ACCUUCAAGCCUUGAGCAGAGGACCACGACUUCACCGGGACCGGGUUAAUCUUUCAUGGCUGCCAGAGGUUUUGAAAUGGAUACAUGGAUGAACCGUUACCGUGCUUUCGCCGAAGGCGUGGUGAUUAUGGUCUGCCCGGUGCUUCUUGCAAUUGCACUCAACAAGGUAAACCUGAAGGGGGAGGAGCACGGGUCUGUCACUCCAAUCACCAUGCUCGUGGUCGCAGCCAUAACUUUAAUAGCCGGUAUAUGCCCCUUCCUCGUUUGUUGUUUCUCCGAGUGCAAGAGAUUCUCCAGUGAAAGCUCAAGCUCCCCUCACACCAUGACCAAGUUGCUGGCACUCAUAUCCAGUAUAUGCUUAGUAGCACUUGCCUGCUGGAUCAUACAUCUUAUUAUCGUUGACAACUGGGCAUACCCUGCAAUCGGCGCAGUAAUUGGACUCUGCAUCUUGGUUCGUAAUGUCAGCUACUGCUGUGCAAAUAAUACUGCAAUGGAAGGUGGAGAAUGCAGCAGUGAACUGGAGAACUCACUCGAUUUCUCCGCUGGUGUAGCUGCACUGCUGUUCAUCGGACUUGAAGGCUUGGCAUUGGAGGGCCAAAUUAACAGAGAUAAAGGAAUACAAGACCGCCUUACCAAACCAAUGAGUGCGAGCUUCAUCGCUUGUGUUGUUGGCGUGUGCUUGAUGCUCGUUGAGACGAUCCCCCCUCUCAUAUGUCACAGCAUCAUAAGCAAGCUUACACAGAUCUUUGAUAUCCACAUGGCUUCUGCAGUCUACUUACACAGUCGGCAACGUCACAACUGGUGCCAGCGGCAACAACAGCAACAUUGA